ACGGCGCGCGCGCAGAGUCUGUGACGAGGCGAACUUCGGCCUGCGCCAGCGCCGUCGGACUCCGAAAGAAAGAGAGCCACCCCAACGUGACGCGUCUAAGCGUCUGUUCAGUUGCACACGGCCGCGACUACGACACGGACACGCGACACGCAACAUUUUUCAUCAGCGACGGCAGCUGCAUAGACAGAAACAUACGCGCGCACGCGACGUCAGCUCGGAUUCGCCCUGUCAACUCGCGCACUCGUGAUCGCGUGGCCGUGCUUUCUCCCUUUCUCGCACGUCGUGCUGAAAAUCGUUCUCGGACUGUCGAGUUGUGACCGUUGUUAUAUGUGGAUUUAUCAACUAACGUCAUUGACAGUCUUGUGCACGCACUGACUGUGAUACCCACGAGGCGCAGUCGCGGACUCGAGGAGAGAGUCGAAGAGGAAACGGCAAACACCAACACCGACGAAGGAAUUCGCCGAAUUAGUUCUUCGGACUUCCGCGUCGAGAGCGGAGAGGCUUUUUGCGCGAAGCAGUACCUAGUGUGCUGUAUAAGUACGAGAGAACAGAAGGGGCAGCAGCAGAAGAGAAAAAGCCGCGCGCACGCGGGCCCUGAAACUCGAAACCUCGUCGCGCGAGCUCCGAGGCUCUGUGGAUACACAAAAGAAUUCCAAGCGACGUGCCUAACACCCAGCAGUGAACUCGCGCUCGGCUGUUCGAGGCUCCGUUUCUAAUCACUGCUGACUGAAAGCCCUCGAUCGACGGGAAUAAAAUACAGUGCGAUAAAAAGGCCGCCUCUCUCUCUCUCUCUCUCUCUCUCUCUCUCUCUCUCUCUCUCUCUCUCUCUCUCUCUCUCUCUCUCUCUCUCUCUCUCUCUCUCUCUCUCUCUCUCUCUCUCUCUCUCUGAUUCAUCGCCGUUCGUAUUUCGUGAUGUUUUCGAGUCGCUAGACAAUCUGUGCUCGUUUCUCGCCCGACAAUCCCGGACUGCUGCCAGUGAAAGGAGGAAGGCUCAAGGUGAAACUUCAACCCGGUAUUUUCAGACUGAAAAAUCAAGAAAAUAUCACAAACUGUACUUACCUGACAUCGAGCAGAGAAGUUCGGGACGCGGAGACGAGAAGAAAGCCACAGUAAGUUCUUCCGACAGAUCGCACCUUCGACACUCGCACAUGGACAUCGAUCGAUCUAAUUAAAAAACGAUGGAGAUUUACGAGAACACUUAGUUCGAAAAGCGACUAACUCAAGAGAAUCCGGUAGAACAACAUAACCUCGACAGUUUUUUCGUCCGAAAGCUCGUUCGGAGACUGUAGAUAACUGAAUCAACGACUACCCCUGCAAAUCAACGAAAUAAUCACGUGGAAAGCGUUUCUCGACAGUGCACGGCAAUCCGUCGGACGGCGAAUGCUCGACAGCUAUGCUCUUGCGCAUCAGGCUUUUAAAUACACGGGUCUCUUAUUCUUCGGCCGACGUCCGUCGAUAACUAUCUUCGCGCCACAACGACGACAACGAAGUCAAGCCAAAAUCAUCGACAAAGUUCCUAGCGUCAUCUUCGCGGUUCUCAUCGUCGGAAAUACGAAGCCAGACACGAGCAACGAAACUCCAGAAAGCAUACGACAAAUUCGGAUCGAGCGAUCCGAAGACAGCAAGCGUUUACCCUCUCGCGGGUGUUAAAUCCAUAAAAAACGACAAUCCUGAAUCAAAGCGUGGACGUGGUCGACCUGAGCGGAGGAUGCAGGCCUGAGGCACGUAGUAGCGUCGUCGUCGCGUCCCUCCAGCAGUCGCGCGCGAACGCGAAGAUGCCGCAGCGCUCGCCCUUCGCCAUCCAGGAGCUGCUGGGCCUGAACGGGGCCGGCAAUCCCAUCGGCUCCGGCAACAAUAACAACAACAACAACAGCAGCAGUAGCAACAACAACAACAAUGAGCGCAGCUCGCCCCAGAGCUCGCCGCCGGCCGGCGUCAGCGCGGUCUCCUACGCCCCGACCGCGCCCCACCACAAGCUCUGGGACUACAUGGCGCCGCUGACGAACCACCUGGGCAAUCUCGGCAACUUGACCGCCUCGAGAAUGGCCUACCUGAACGCCCAGGCGGCCGUGGCCGCGGCGUUCCUGCCGCCGCCGCAUCAUCCACACCCGGCGCAUCACGUGGCCCACCAUCAGAUGCACCAGCCCGGACAGCUGAGCGGACAAUCGCCCGGCGGACUGGGCGCUCAUCCGGCGACUCACGCGCAACACAUGAUGUCCAGUAGCGGAGUCUCGGGCAAUCAUCACCAGGGCAGUCCUACUCAGCACAGCUCGCCUCAUGGCUUUUCACAAUCCAAAAGCACGUUUUCAAGCUCAAGUCCAGGUGUUGGGCAUAGUAUCGAAUCAGGAAAAGACUUCACAGUUGAUGGACUUUCAGGGUUCGGUAAGAAGAAGAAAAAGAAACGUCGGCAUAGCUCCAGGACGAUCUUCACGUCUCAGCAGCUGGAGGAGCUGGAGACGGCAUUCAAAGAAGCUCAUUACCCUGAUGUCUACGCACGCGAAAUGUUAAGUCUGAGGACAGAUCUUCCAGAAGACAGGAUACAGGUCUGGUUCCAAAAUCGAAGAGCGAAAUGGCGCAAGACUGAAAAAUGCUGGGGAAGGAGCACCAUUAUGGCGGAAUACGGACUCUACGGAGCGAUGGUCAGACAUUCGCUGCCGUUGCCCGAAACCAUACUCAAAAGUGCCAAGGAGAACGAAUCCGUAGCGCCCUGGCUUCUCGCGCAAUCCUCUAAGACAAGUGGCUUUAAUCAAGAUAACGAAAAUAAUCGGCGCGAUCUGAUUGACUGUGGCCCCCUAGGGAUGCACCGAAAGUCCAUCGAGGCCGCGGAGCAUCUCAAGUCCGGCGGCGAGGACAGUGGCAAUGAUCAUGGGGGCAGUGGCGCCAGUCCACCCCACCACAAUCAUCAUCCUGGUGGGCCUACCAGCUCAGAGAGUGGACAGGAGAGUCAGGACGGCAUGGGCCAAUCCUCCUCUUCCGCCGGCGUGGUUCAGGACACGGAGCAGCUGAGGAACGAGAGCAUCGCCUGUCUCAGGGCGAAAGCUCAGCAGCAUCAGUUACAGCUGAGCUUGGCACCAGCCGCUGGAACCCAAGGGACGACGCCGUACUCGACGGGUCCGCAAACUGGCACCUUGCAUGCGUCCGUUUAAAGAAAACGCUGCUGUUGAGCCAAUGUAGGAAUUAUAUGGUAAAAAUAAAAGAGGACCCGAGUCGCCCGAAAUCAACCACCCCGAAGUUGUACACCGAAUGAUUGAUCCGCUACGACAGGACUGAUGGACUUUCAAAACUUCGUAAACGACAUUGAGUCUUCAUCGUCAACUGAUUAAAUUUUUCUUCGAGUUCGUAUACUGGUUGAAAAGAAGAGUUGACUGGCAGAAAAAAUCGAAGUAGAAAUCUCAAAGAUUUUCAUACGUUUGUCUGCUGUUGUUAAACUUGAAAAGAAAAUUUUAGCGACGGUUUUGCGUUCAAAUACUACAGUCUAACAUUCACAGAUAAAAAACAUUAUGAGUCGAUGCAGAAACUUUUAGAAAGUUAGGCUGAGCGUUCAUUUCAUUUAUGAUGUUAAAAAAAGCCAGAUUCGGUGCAACGAAAAAAAGAGAUUAAAAGUGAAUUCAUCGAAUACGCGAGAUGAUAGACAAAAAAACAUAGCUGCGUAAAUUUUAUUUCAACGUAAAAUUUCGUUUCGAUAAUAACUCUUCUAUGAUUUAUGAGGUGUUCAAUCAAACAAGAAUAUUAUGGACCGGAGAACGAUAAAUUUCAUAGUGUCAGGAUCGUUCCAUUAAACAAAAAUGAAAUUUUACUUAGAAAGAAUAUAUUUUGUCUUAUGGAUAAAUUGAGGAAUUCUAUGCAAUAUAUUUCGAUGAAAGUAUGCGCGGUAUUUGUGAAAUCACAAGUGGUAGUUGAGAUAUUAAAAAUAGUUAGAAACUCGUCUGAUCUACUUACGACAGCAAAGAAGAAAGAAUGAACGGAGCACUUGACUCUCAACGCAGAUAAAAGAGAUAAAAUUAAUGAAAAUCGCCGACUCUGUCGAAAAUUGAGUGAGAAACGAUCUACAAUAAUCGGCUUAGAAGAUAAUGACGAGUCUCUUUGACGCUUUCUCCUCGCGGAUUUUCUUUCAAGCUUAAAGAGCUCUCGGAAUCUCAGAAAGUUUAUGAUAAUCCUUUCGCAUUUUUUUCAAAGCGAGCUGAUUUUUCAAAAGAAUAGGAGUAAUUAUGGUAUGAUUUUUAUAUAGAAUUUAUGGUACCAAACAUGAAAUUCGCGGGGAUAUAGCUGACGAGAGAAUUAUCGAAUAAAUUAUUGUAAUAUUAUUUUGAUUAAGUUACGAUUACUGUAAAUUCUGUAUAAAUUAAAUUGUACAAUAAUUCAUGUGUGUAGAAAGUAAUUUUGCGGUGGGAUGAAGUUGAUAAUAUUUAUUAACGUUAUCUCAAAAUUCAAAAAGAUAAACCGGACAAAAUCGGCAGAUUUUCAUAUACCUCACGAUACGAGUACUAUAAUUAAACGUGUAUACGAAGUAUCCCGUUUCAGAAGGGACGCAACACUAUCAACGAAUAUUCUUAUUUCAUCGAUACAAACACAAUGAAGAAAGAAACAAAUUUGCAUCAUAUGCGAUUGAUUCUGGAUUUUUCCUUUAAUUCAGUUAAAUAAAUCUUUUUGCUAAAUGGCCAUGUGUGCUUCCUUGCAAUGGAAACACACGAAUCGCUUAAAUAUGACGCAUAAUGAAAUAAGCAACAUGCAAGUGAUUAACCCAAAUAGGGAGAAGUUAAGACAGGCAAUUACACAUCGAAUGAUGUCAAAGUACCUAUCUAUUAUGUAUACAUAAUUGAAUAUAGUGAUUUUAACGCAGCUAAAGUGUGCACUGGGAAACCGCACAAAGUUUAAAAGCGAGUUCCAGAUGCACGUUAUGAUGAAGAAGCAGAUUGUAUAGGUACAAGUCGAAUUGAAUAUUAUAUAUGAAUCAACUAAGAGAUAUAAAUAUUAUAUAAAAAAAGAAUGCGAGAGUGCGUGAAUGUGCGAGCGAGCAAAAACGAAGUAUAAAAUAAAUAAACAAAGAAAUAAGUUGAAAGAGGCCGAAUCUUGAAACGAAAAACGAAAAAAAUUUUCCUAUAGCCGAGUACUUAAGACGAAAGGAAAAUUUAACUGUUGUCAAAUGUGCAAUAUAUCGACGUAAGUUUUAACGCUGUAGGCCACUGUACUUUUUAUUAAGAAAAGGGGCACUGCAAGAAUCGUGAGCUCGAAAAGACAAAACGUGCGUAAUUCGACGACGAGUUCCGCGUUUCUCUUCGACUUUUGGCCUUUUCCUUGAUUCACCUUUACACUUCUUUUUUUAUUCCAUUGUCGAGCAAUUGGGGGAAGCGUGUUGGGAAUUUUUCUCGAUCAUUCACUGUGUAUAUAAAUAUAUAAAUACGAAUAUACAAAUAAAAAUACGAAUAUAUGUGGUCGCGUUGCUUCGAGGUGAUCGAAUUUUCCGUCUCGCCUAUACUUUUAUAUGUUGAUUAAUUUUCCAUUAGAUUUCUUCCAUUAUUUGCAAGAAUAAGUAUUACCUUUUUUUGUACAUUGUGAUGUUCAGUUUAUUAUUUUUUUUAAAGCCUGAAAUUUUUAUUGAUGUGAAAAUGCGUAUAUGUAUUUACUAUAUAUUAAAAUUUUUUGAUACGUUUAAAUAGACAUAUAUACAGCAUGUACUCGGAAAAAGAAAAAAUGAAUCCACAGAGUAAUUGGGUACUUAUAAACUUUUAUCUAUUAUUUUCUGCAGAUUAUGUUUUUGUUUGCUACGGAAAAUGUUGUGGAAAAAUUAAUGAUCUCAUGAGAUUUUCCGACAUUACAUUUCAAUAUUAUAAAGGAAUAAGAAGAAAGCUAUAUUUGAUUGAUUUAUUUUGAUAAGAAGUACUUAACAGAAUAUUUGUUACUAAUUGCUGAUACUACGUUAUGUUUACACGAAACGAAAACUGUAUAAUUUAUUUAUGCCAUUAGUUAAUAUGAAAACAAUCUUAUGUUCUGUAACAUACAUUAUAAAAGAAAGACUGUUUUUUUCGUUAUUAUGAAAAGUCGAGCGCUUCGAUGCGAUUACACUCUAUAUUAUACAUUUAAUGUAUCGCACUGUAUUUCAAGAGAAAUGAUUUGAAGAAAAACGAAUUAUACCCCAGUAUACAAAAAGAAAUGGUUCACCCGAUGAAGAAAACAAAUAAGAAAAACAACAAAAAUAAAAUAAAUGAAAUAAUUAAAGUUAAAAUAAAAACCAUUAUUGCGAAGUCAACAAAAUAUGCGAAUCCUCUGUCAUUUGUGAAAAAUGGACCUUUAUAAUGAAGAAUUGACAAGAGAGAUAACGCGAGAAUGUUAUGCACUUCGUUUAAAAGACUUCUUCAUUCGUGUCCGAACGCCUGCGACAAACCGCAUGCAUAAUAGUCGGCUAGUGUACGUAAAUAAUAAAGUUUCUGAACAAAAAUUUUAA